UCCCAGGUUCCGUCAGCCCGUCUCCUCCACUCCAGCUCCCUUUGACCCUUCUUCGCCUUCUUUUAACCCCCUCAGCUCUUCAGAUAGUGGCCCCGAGUCAUCACAGUCAGGGCUCUGCCUCCCUUUAAGGCCCCCUCGCUCUCCCAGACCUCCUCGAGUUAUUUUCCUUCCGGCGCGCGCCAUGCGGCCCCGGAUGCCGGAGACACCAGGCCCUUCCGGCUCUGGGCCGCGGUGGGCGGUGCUCCGGCUCCGGCGCCGAGCUGAGACCUCCGCUCUCGGAGCUUCAGGUUGGUCCGAGGCGGGAAGUCAAGGCUAGUGAGAUGGGGCGGAAGAAAGUCCGGCCGAGGCUGAUCGCGGAGCUGGCCCGCAAGGUGCGCGCCUACCGGGAACUGAAGUCACGGCCGCGGGACUCGGAGCGCUUCGCCCUGGACUACGAGACCAUGACCCGUACGCGCAGCGGCCGCCGCCUCCCCGAGAAAGCCUGGGCCGACGUGCGGCGCGAGAGCCGCCUGCUGCAGCUGCUCAACCGCCUGCCGUGCUUCGGGUUGGGCCGGCUCGUCACGCGCAAGUCCUGGCUGUGGCAGCACGACGAGCCCUGCUACUGGCGCCUCACCCGCGUCCGCGCCGAUUACACCGCUCCGAAUUUGGAUCAUGGAAAGGCCUGGGGGAUCCUGACCUUCCGAGGUAAGACAGAGAGUGAAGAAAAGGAGAUUGACCAGGUCAUGUACCACGACUGGAGGCUGGUGCCCAAGCAUGAGGAGGAAGCCUUUAAGAACUUUAUCCCUAAGAAUGAAGAAACUAUCCGAUAUGUACCUUACCCUCCUUUGUUCCGGGCAAUGAUUUUUGCAGAACGACAGAAGCAGGGCAACUUCAGCAUUGAGGAGCCCAUGAUAGAUUUGGAGAAAAGAAUCUCUUUUCAAAAGCAAAAUGCCAACAACCAAGCUGAAGGAACUCCAGUAUAAAGGCCUUGAACUGUUUGAUCAUGAGCAGUGUGAAAUUACCUAUAGAACACCUUUUUUAAUGAAGAAUUUGUCCUGCAAACCAGUCUUAUGCUGUUUCUGAUAAUGCACUGACUAAUCUAUGCCCAUGAAAUUCAGCAAUAGUGGUGGUGAAAAUACAGCAUUUUGUAAAGUCAGUGCCCUUUUUAUCAUUGUACUAUGACUGAGUGUUCAGCUCAUUUGGGCCUCUUAUUCUUCCUUUAAAAAGGGUCAGAGGUGUCUUUGGGAGAGAUCAUCAAGAUAGAGUUGUCUCAAGUGCUCAAUAGUACAUUGUGUUUGUAUCUCAAACUUGAAUAUCUCCCUCUCCUAGGAGGAGUCCAGAUAGAGGCAUGAAGCCGAUGUACCUACCCAAGGAUCUCCUUUACUAUGUUCCAUUUUACCUUUUGCUUACAAAUACAAAUAAAGGCAAAGUCUUGCUGUC